AUAAUUUGAUUUCUAUAUGUAUUUUUGCAUUUUUUAAAGAUUUUCAGAGGUUUAAAUAUGUUUACCACCCGGGAAAAGGCACGUUGCGUGUUAUUAUUUAGUGGAUGCAAAUCAGUUACGCAGACGAGAAGAGAAUUUAGGCUGAUUUUUGAAAGGCCCCACCUUCACGCAAUUAUAUAUUUCAUUGGGUAUGCCAAUUUUCCCAAGAGGGAACAGUUAAAAGAAAAGUUAGAACAAACCUAAAUGCACAAGAUAAUCUGUUGGAUGAUAUUUUGCUGGUAAAAGAAGUGUUGUCCUUAAACAAUAACCAAAUAUCUAUUAGGAAGAUAGCUCAAACGGCAAAUCGUCACCCUAAUAUUACAAGGUUGUAUGUAACAUUUCCAGGGAAAUUUGGUUUGUAAUAUCACAAAGUUCCAUGUGGUGAGCCCUACACUAUAAUUUUGGAAAUAAAUUUAAAGCUCACAUAAAACUCUGGUAAUAUAAGGAAAACCAAAGGUGUAUACCUAAAAUUAUGACAAAUGGAUAUAUCAUAGUUGGUUCUAUGUACUAACAUAGAACCCUGCAAAUGUAGGCUUAUGUUGCUUUGUUUAUAAUUCAUUUUAAAACGUUUAUCGGAGCAGAGCAAGUGUUUGUUGAGAAGUUUAUUUAAAAAUAUGGCAUUAAGUGAGACUGAUAUUAGUGAUGGCUACGGUUAUGAUUCUGACCAAGACAAGGAAUAUACAUUACCUGAAAAAUCAAAGAAGAAAAAAGAAGGCAGAAUUAAAAUUCGUGGUCGUUAUAUUAACAUUCCAACCCGAUCCAGUAGCAGUGAAAGCGAAUGUGAAGAGUCAGACUUAGAAAGCCAUUUAACUAGGUAUAUAAGUUAUCAUAUUAUUUUUUGGUUCUUAACUUAUUGUUAUGUUAUAUGUAUAUUACUUUAACCAUUUUAAAUUUUCUGUAUAGUCAAGGAAAACGCAAUAAUGUAGAUUUAUGUUUUGUUUUAGAAACAAUCCUGGCUGCUCUACUAGCUCGUAUAAGGCUUCUAAUUCUGCAAUGCAAUUUAAAGUAAACAGCAAAUUUGAGAUUAAAAAAUCUUCUCAUCCGUCUUCUGUUCAGCUGCAAACAAAUUUUAAUAGGCAAAAAAUUGUUAUUGUUUUAUUUGGUUUUUUAAAACGAUUUUUUUACAAGAUAUUAGCAAAUUUUAAAUUAUUUCCAACAAAGUUUUAAAUUCUUGUUUUAGAAAUGUUUCCGGUUGUUCCACUACGUUAACGCUAAACACCUCAAAACAAAAAGUGCCCUCAGUAGAAGAUGAUAAUAUUGAAGACCCUGAAACAGAAUAUUAUAAUUCUCAUAACGCAGCAACCUCACAUGAUACUACGGAUUCUAAAGAAGAUAAUUUGAUAAAUGAGACAAAUAAAAAGUUAACACGCAAAAGACAAAAAAAUACAUCCGAAUGGGCAUGCAAUAUAAGAAAAACUUAAUUUGAUCGGGGCCUUGAACAUAUUUCUUCGCGAAAAAAGGUCGUUCCCGCCAGGGAGAUUAAAAACAAAAAAGAUUGUUUACAAAAAUGCUUAUUUAAAUGGUCUCGAAUAAUAAGCGAUGAACAACGAAAGGAGAUUUUUAAAAAUUAUUAGCUGCUUUCAGCUGUUGAAAAAAAGAACUAUAUUUUAAACACUACUAAAGUUGAUAACAUGGAAAACAUUCUGCAAUAAUUUUAACAUUGCUUUAGCGCAAAUUAUUUAAUUAUGAUCAUGCUAAAGCGAUACAUAGGCAAUUACCGGAAAAUGUUUAUCAAUCACCGAAUAUGUAUUCUAGGAAAAUUUUCAAAAAGGUGUUAUUUACUAAAAUUGGCUCUGUAAAAAAAAAAUUAUGAAUUUAAGACAAUUUAUACAUUUUUGGAAAGGGGAUUUAACAGGCUUUCAUGUGAAAUUAAAAAGUACAGGGUGUUACAUUUUAAAUUUUUGAGAAAUCGGCCUUUGAAAAUCAUCAAUUUUUUCCUCCUAUUUCAGGUAAAUUUUGAAACUUGGCAACACUUUUGUUUAGUGCGUGGUAGUUCCGGGAUGUAGCUGUGUGGUUUCGUUGCGAUCAUUUUUUGCAUUUUAUUUUGGUGGUUACAUACUGAAAAACUGAAAUGUUCCUGUGUUUGCACUAGUAUUUUUUUAAAAUUGAAUUAGCGGUUUAUAGUUUUUCGCGAAAUCAAAAAUGUAAUUUUCAGGUCCUUUUUAUUGGCAUAAAAAACAAAUAUUGUACAAUUUGCCAACUCUCAAAAAAUCAAGGACACAAUCAGAUGCCUAAAAGGCAUAAAUGCUUUAAAAACUUUGAAGGUUCUUCAACGAGCAUGGAAGGCGAUAUUUUAAAAGAAGGAUUUCUCCAUAGUUUAGAGCAACAUGGAUUAAUCUACCAUAAAUUAAUAGCUGACGGAGACUGCAAUUCUCUGAAAAAAAUGUUAGAUGCUCAUCCAUAUAAAAAUGUCAUUGUGAAAAAAAUUGAGUGCAGAAAUCAUCUUCUACGAAAUUACUCCCGGAAAAUUCGGGAUUUAGGUAAAGACGUCAAUGCUGGGCCUUUAGUUCUUCGGAAGCAAAUAAGUAAAGAACAGCUAAGAUUACGAUAUGCAGUUACAAAAACUAUCGAACAUAGAAAAAAUGAGGGUGUUCCGAUGUUAGAAAAAAUAAAGUUGUUAAAACAAGACAUAGACAAUUCCAUUAGCCACGUUUUUGGAGAACACAAACUUUGUGCAGAAUUGGGAUAUUUCUGUCAUGAGCAAUAUAAACCCAGUGGUAGCAUAUUAUCAGACUUAAAAAUGACAGACCUAUAUGACAAAUUAUAUAGCUUUGUCAGCUAUCUUUCAAGAAAUAGCGUGAGUUUAAUACAAGAUGUUGACAAUAAUGUAUCGGAUCAAUUUAACUCAAUCAUUGCAAAAUUUAUUGGCGGAAAACGCAUUAAUUAUUGCCAACGAGGAUCAUAUCAGGCUCGCUGUUUAGCUUCUGUAAUUUCUCAUAAUACUAAAAAGCCUAUAUACACGAUUAAAAAAUUCCUUAAUCAUAAAAGCCCGAUUGGCUUAGUUAAAAACAGGGAAUUAAAGAAAAAAUAUAUUAAACGGAAAAGAUUAUUCCAAACCAAAGAGAAGUCUGGACUUGAUAGCAGUUACGGUGAUCAAUGUCAAAAGCCUGAUCUAACACCUGAGGAGUUGCAAAAAGAAAAAGAAGAUUUUCUAGCUAGUAUUAAAAAAAAUGCAGAAGAAAUCAAAUUAAUUGAAGAGCUCAGAAAGAAACAGAGCCAAUCUGAUUUGUGGCACUUAGAGCGAAGAAAGCGUCUUACGGCAUCAAAUUACUAUGCAAUUUGCUCUAAAUCUAGUGCCAGAAGCAACGGCGAUACAAAAAAGCUCGUGGAACAACUUUGUACCCAAAAACAAUUCAUUCUGCUAGCAUUGAGUGGGGCAAACAAAAUGAAAAACGGGCAAUCAAUGUUUUAGAAACAUUAAUUGAUGAGAAGAUAUUACUAUGUGGCUUAUUUGUAAGCGAAAAUAUUUCAUUCUUGGCAGCGACUCCCGAUGGCCUUAUUGGGAAGAAGGGGAUUGUUGAAAUCAAAUGCCCCUUUAGUGCUAAAAAUCUCACUCCUGAAGAUGCGAUAAUGCAAAGAAAAAUAUCAUUUUGGAAGAAAAACGGAGAAAUUAAUAAAAACCACAAAUGGUUUUACCAAAUACAAGGCCAAUUGUUGGUAACUGGGAGAUCCUACUGCUGCUUUGCAGUUUGGACACCUUUGGGCAUUAAGAAGGAAAUUAUUUAAAAAAACGAUGUAUUCUGCGAAAACAUGAAAAAGAAAUUAACUAUAUUCUAUUCGAUAUGUUAUUUACCUGAGCUUGUAGAUCCUCGCAAAAAUAGAAAUAUGCAUGUUAGAAAUAUUUCCCUAAAAGAAUAUACGAUCGCAUAAGUUUUUUUUUAUAUGUAGCCAACUUUGUAUAUUUUGUAAUAAAUAUCUUGUUUUGUUUGAUUUAUGUGUUAUUGGUCUUUAUUUUUAUUAUCAUCACAUUUUAUAAUUAUACCAAAUCGAAAAAAUUUACCAUAAAAACUCUUAUUCAAAGUAUCUAUUUGAAUUGGAUAUUAAAAUAAGAAGAAGGUAUAGCAAUGGAGUCAAGC